GACACACCAUGGAGUUCGAAGGGAAGAAAGGGAGAAAGGGCUUUGUGUCCCCUAUUCGCCGGCUGGUAUUCCCUAAGACAGGGCGUCGGUCGGCUGGGAGAAGUACUGUGAGCCGACGGCCCCUCCACUCUGUGCCCCUGUACCCCCCGGACUACCUCAUUGAUCCCCAGAUUCUGCUGUGUGACUACCUGGAAAAGGAAGUAAAGGGGAGGGAGCGUCUCAACCCAGUGGGAGAGAGCAAAAGCUCUCAGUGCUCUAGUGACGGCUCUGGGCUUCCCCUUAAGUUUCUAGGCCACUUAACCUGGGUCACCUCCUCCCUGAACCCCUCUAGCCGGGAUGAGCUCCUGCAGCUGUUGGACACCGCACGGCAGCUGAAAGAGCUGCCCCUGAAGAGCACCCCCGAGCAGGACAGCAUCCUCAGCCUGUCCGCGAGAUGCCUGCUCCUCACAUGGCGGGACAACGAGGAGCUGAUCCUGCGCAUACCCACGCACGAGAUCGCGGCUGCUUCGUACCUGCAGGACGAUGCGCUCCACCUCCUGGUGCUCAAGACUGGCCUGGGUGUAGAUCCCGUCCCUGCUGGCAUGGAUGUGUGCCCUGGUGGCAGGCGAGAACCUGGGGUGGCUGGCAUGACCCCUGAGAAGAGAUCUACAGGCAGCGGUCCUGAACCCAGACCACCUUCAAGUGGUGUAGAGCGACGCCACACCAUCUGUAGCCUGGACUGGAGGAUGGCAUGGGGGGGCACCGAGGGCCGGAACGCUGGUAGUGGUGGUGGCGGCAGCUUGGAACGAAAGCAAGGUGCUGGUGAGAAGAAAGCCGUAGGCCGGGCUUUUGGGAGCUGGGAGCGGCGCCAGACGUUCAGUGGCAGCUGGGAGCGACGACAAGGGGGCAAACCUGGGGGCAGCUGGGAGCGGAGACAGGGGAACAAACCUGGAGGAAGCUGGGAACUACGGCAAGGGGGCAAGCCUGGGGGCAGCUGGGAGCGUCGCCAGACCUUCAGUGGUGGCAGUUGGGAGCGGCGACAACCUGGUCUCAACCCCCUGGAUCCUCAGGAUCCCAGCCCUGAUGCCUACUGCAACCUCAUCAUCCUGGCAGUUGCCAAUAGGGAUGCAGCAGAAGAAUCCUGUGCUCUCAUCUGCCAGGUCUUCCAGAUCAUCUACGGAGAUCAGACCAUCGAGUGUGUGGAUCGGGCUGGCUAUCACUACACCUCCACCCCUGAACGGCCCUGGCUUAUCAGCCGCAGUGAGAGCUGCCGCACAGAUGGGACCUAUGGCUACGAUGCUGACUUCAGUUGCUGCAGUUCUUUUAAUGGCUCCCAUGACACCUUCGAAGCCUAUUAUAGUGGGACAUCCACACCCUCCUUCCAGGGAUCUCACUGCAGUGAGAGUGAUGGCAGCAGCCUGGGUUUGGAACAGCUACAGGACUAUAUGGUGACGUUGCGAAACAAGCUGUCACCACCUGAGAUCCAGCAAUUUGCUCUGCUGCUUCGAGAAUACAGGCUGGGGCUGUCUGUGCAGGAGUACUGUGGGCAUCUUCUUCGGCUCUAUGGGGACAAGAGGAAGUUCCUUCUCCUGGGGAUGCGGCCCUUUAUCCCGGACCAGGACAUUGGCUACUUUGAAGGCUUCCUGGAGGGCGUGGGCAUACGAGAGGGCGGCAUCCUCACUGACAGCUUUGGCCGGAUAAAGCGAAGUAUGAGCUCCACUUCAGCCUCUGCUGUGCGCAGCUAUGACAGUCGAGCUCCCCGCCCAGAGGCCGAGGCCUUCAAUCGCAUUCUCACUGGCAUCACCCACGACAUCGAGGCCCUGGCACAGGAGGGAGAGGAAGGCGACGGGGAUGAGAAGGAGGGCCCAGGGAGAGGUGAAGAAGGAGAGGACAACUACCUGUGAGAACCCCGCCCCCAACCACACACACUGGGGGCCCUAUAGAGGGCAGAGAUGGUGUAGCUAUGACAAAAGUGUUUGUGUCUGGGAUGUGAGAUAAAAAGGCCUGGGAGAUCUUCACUGGAUCAGGUUUGAUGUGGUAUAAUGAAAAGAUCAUUAGAUUUGGAGUCAGAGGACCUUGAAUUGGAUUUACUACAUAGUAAUCUUGGGCAAGUAGCCUCUGGGCUACUUUGGGAGUCAUUUUCCUCAUCUAAGAACCCCUGACUAGAUCAGGGGUUCUUAACCAAGGGUCCGUGGACAGGGUCCAUGAAUAAAUUUCAGAGGGAUCCAUGAAUUUGUAUGGGAAAAGAAAUUAUAUCUUAAUUUUUAUUAACCUUUAGUUUCCUUUGUAACCUUAUGGAUUUUGUUUUAUGAGUUUAAAAACACUCAUCA